GGCGAGUGAUGACGUGUCGCGGUCGCCUUCCUCCUCUCUCUCCCCCCCUCCCCCGUUGUUGUCAGGAGAAGUGCAAGAUUGUCACUGAGCGUCCAUGUUUCUUCGUGCUGUUUAUAAAUUGGAGUUGGCCCUUUACUCUUUGCCUGUUAUUAAACCCAGCCAGCGGCAUAUACACGCAGGGAUAUAUAUAUUUCUUGCGUUGGGAGGAGAGCUAGAGUCUGAGGCAGGAGGGUUUUGCGAGUGAGCGAACAAUCGCAGGAAGUCGCUUCAGUGUGGCCGCCAUUUUCACUCAAAACUUUUUUUAAUCCGACGAGUUGUAUUUAUUAUCUGUGGAGGUAGGCCGGUGAUUCUCCUCUUUCCCCGGACCCAGCUCCGUCCCUCCCUCGCUUCCCAACAGUUACUUUGGAAGAAUUAGACGUUUUUGGCGUUGCAUGGUGACCGCCUUCUUAGUUGGACCUCGUACCUCAGAUGCUGAACUCGGGAUUUUAGCCAGAAGUCGGAAGCGGAGGAAGAGGCGGCGGCAAGUCCCCAUGCACCCGUUACCCCUGCCCCGACCACCGCCAGGCCCUCCGCCCGUCAGUGUAGCCUCAAAGACCGUGGUUGUGAGCCGCCACCGUCACCCGCACCCCAACCAGCAGCAGCAACAUCCCCAACAGCAUCCCGGCAAGGCUGCCGCGGUGAGUCGAGCCUGGAAGAUUCGCUGCUCUUCUUCCGCCGCGCUGCUGCAGAGACAUACUCACGGGCGGCCGGCUUCCCGAGGCGGCGGGGCUGGAGGGCCCGCGCCGGCCACCGGGACCGAAAAAACGACACCAGCCAGUGGCGGCUGCUUGACCGCGGAAGAGCGCAAGAAGGAGGGAAAGGUGACCAAAUCCAACAUGGGAAGAUCGGAUAAAGCAACAAUUCCCCACACACAAUUCAUGUAUAGUGUAAAUAAAACAGAAGAGUACUGCCAACCCUUAAAUACCAAGAAAAGAAACAGACGUAGCCUACAGUUGAGAAAAACCUCAAUAAAGAGGAAUGAAAACAGCCAUAAUCAGAAUGCUCCAUCUGUUGAACACUGCAAUACUCUCAAAAAAGAUGCAGAAAAACCAAUUGUUUCUGCACACCACUCAAAGAAUCUAAAAUUACUGAAAGUUGGUCUGAAGUCUGUGCUGAGCCUUCAAGGAGAUCAAAACUAUGCUGGGCCAAAGUUUAGUGAGCCGCCAUCACCCAGUGUUCUACCUAAACCACCCAGUCAUUGGGUAGGAGCACAUGCUGAGUAUCCUGAUGAGAGAGCUCAAGACAAUUGCCAGAACAGUCUCACCAGAAAUAAAAACAAUAUUCAAAUAGAUUCCAGCUUCAUGGAAAGUUAAAUGGAAGUUGUUAAGGAAAUUAUCAUUUGACACCAAAAAGGAACUGGAGCUUUUUGGUUGCUGCUUUAACACCAAUAGAGAUAAGGGAAUUCCAUAUGAGAUCUGAAGGAAAUAAUAAGGCUUACAUGUCAGCGGAUGAAGAAUGACAACAGAUGAAGGAGAAUGAAGAGUAAAAUCAUCAACAUAAGAUUUUGCAGAUUUCCAAGAGAUGAAAAAAUCUCCACGAAAACUCGAUUACGUUGAUUUUUCUUUUGCAAAUGUUAGUAAAUGAAGAAACUUAUACCCACAGGCAUAAAUAAGGUAAAGAUUUAGUGAUUCAGUUACUGUACUGCAAGAGAAAUUAGGGAUUUGUACAUUGAAGGAAUACAAUCUGAAUGAAGCAGAUGUACAUUGAAUAAAAUAAACAAAAAGUUGGAUGAUGAGUGAAUCAGGUCAUUGAUAUGGAAAAGAAGCAGAACGGGGGUGACAGACAAAGCCAUCUCCUGUUCUGCGAUUAUUUUCCAGUAUUUCAGAUGCUCAGUGCAAAUUUUAUUUUACCAACUAACUUUCUUAUGAAUAUUCUCAACCAAAUUGUAAGCUGAACUCUUUAAAAUCCAGAGGACACAGAUUUGAAAGGAGAUGACAUUUAUCCAUGCACAACUUGAUUUGAUUUGGCUACUUAAAACAUUAAGAAAGCAGAUUUAAUGUAUUGAGUCCAAAACGCUUCUCCCCAUAGAUGCUGCCAGACAUGCUGAGUUUUGCUAGCAAUUUCUGUUUUUGUUUCAGAUUUCCAGCAUCUGCAGUUUUUUUUAUUCUAAUGUCUCUUAAUGCUUCUGUCCUUCUGCAGGAGGAAAACAUGCACAAUAAGUGUGAACAUGUGCAAACAUUGGGGGUGGGAGGAUAGUUGAUGCCUGGCAUGAAGCCCCUGAAUCCUUUUGAGAAGUAGGCCACUGAGCUGGCAGGACACCAAGGGAGCAUGCCUGUGAGGAAGGGGAGAUUGGAUGUCUACAGCCACCUAGUGAGAAUGCCUCCGAUCUGUUGUUCCCAGUUGCAUAUCAAGCAUCAACAUGUAGGAUGAGUUAUUUUUCAAUAACUAAUUAUUUAUUCAGUAAGCGAGGAAUUAAAUUAUAUUUGUUUAGUUGUGGAGCACUUUCAGUAAUAAGGUAAUAGGUUAUGGUUUUACUACUGUUUUAUGGCCCAAGUUAAACAUUGUUUAAGUGAAGUGACAGCAUUGAUAGUUUGCUAAUCACAAAAUGUGUAGAUGCUUUUAAAGUGAACACAGUUUUUACUCAGGAUGCAGCUCUUUGUACUUUAGAAUGGUUUAGUUUUGUAAUUUUGUACUGUUGGUUUAAAAGAGAAAUAGUUAAAGUAUAUAGCAGGGUACAUGUAUGUGUUUGUGUUUCUGUUGUGUGUACUUGUAUGACUUUGGAAUUAGGCUCCAAAGUGAAUUUUCUAGUCCUGUAAUUGAUUUGACUGCUUUAUAUGUAUUUAUGAGUGUAUUAUACUGCACCUUCUAUGUGUAUUCUGUAACUUCAGUUUUAGUAUACUGAUCAUUUCUAUGUACUAAUCUUUAUGUAGAUUCUGCACAGAUUUUUAUUCUAGAGCAGUUUGUACUGUUCAUAUUUUUAGUUAACAUGUCAUAGGCCCCAGAGUCCAGGUGACAUUGUGCAUUGACAAAAGGUUGUUUUAAUUAAAACAGCUUUGGAUUUUUGAGAACAUUACAUGUAUCAAUUGGGACAUUUGAAGCUCUCUCAAAUCACUGAGAGUUGACAUUACAUACUCCUAGACUUGCACAUAAAUAGCUUCACUGAGAGCACUUUAUCAGUAAAGAUGUAGAACAUUGGCAUGUUGAUGCAGUCAAACUGUUACAAAGGGGUAAUCCUACAAAGGUGAUCAGCAUUGUCAAAAAUGAAUCAAGAGACAACAGGAAGUAAUAUCAUUUGAUGACCAUUACUUUUAAAUCAGGAAUUGGCUGUACAUUGUUUAGCCAAUGUGAUGUUAAUCAUACACUGUUCAUGAGUUGGCGAGAAGUUAGAGUUCAGGUUGUUUCCGGUCAUGUACAGGGGCUGAUGGCUAACAAGGGUUAAUAAGUAGUAAUUCUUAGUGGUUCAGUGCACAGAAAGGAAGAACAAAGACAGAAACACAGAAUUCAGGAGCAGAAAUAGGCCAUUCAGUGCUUCAAGUCUGUUCUGCCACCAUUCAAUAUGAUCUAUGGUUGAUCAGUACUUUGUCCCCACUUUCUCCCCAUAUCCUUUGAUUCCUAAGAACUAUAUCUACAUCUUCAGUCGACAGAAGAGAAAAAGACACCUGCACCCAGUUAACCAGUGUGGUGAUCUGGUACCCCAAGUUGGUUUGACUAAAAACCAGUGCUUUUGUCAAGUAUUGUUUCUUUCGUACUUGUUAUGAUAAACUUAAUAAAUGCUGUGAGACUUUUGAAAAUAUACUAGUACCUGGAGUGGGCCUUGGAACUAAAAAGGAUCUGUAAACUUUUAGAUUGGUUGUCUGAACUUAGUCAGUAAUUAUAAUUGACUUAAAUCUUACAAGUAGAGUUGAAGUGAACUCAAAUACCUUAAAAUCCAGCACCCAAUCUUAAUGAAAUCUUAGUUAAGAGUCACAGCGUGAGGCACUAAAAGAUCUUUAUGGUUUUCUUUGCAGCCCCUAAAUCCCACUCCACAGCUAGCGCAAAAAUAAUUAGAAGUUCUCUUGUUCUGUUGCAUUUCUUCCUUUUCACUAUUCUUAACUUCAGCAAUGUUUAUACAAAAGCUGAGAUAAGUUGAUCAAACAUUUGGCAUCAAAGCACCUGGAUAAAUAUCAGGAAUGAGAUGGUUAUUUUCUAACAUAAAAUCAAGAAAGCAGACUCAACAUUUCAGGUCCAGUAACCCUUCAGAGUUUAUUUUCUAGAUGAGUACGUGAUAUAGUCGAUUUACCUUUUGGGUUCUUUUCAGGCUGUUGGGUGAAAAUAUCGUGUAGUGUAUCCCCCAUAGCCUGUGACCGGUUUUCCCCUUCAUCGUUCUGCCACGGACAACACCUUUGCAGCCUUUACAUUGCUUUCCAUGUUUGUUACAAUUAAUUCAAUCUGAUUCUUUGUGGGCUUUGUUAUCCCCUGUGAUACAACCCUGCAACCAUGGAAUUUACAGCCUUUAUAAUGACUUCAACCCCAUACCCUUUGCUUUCAUGCACAUGGAUAUCGAUCACUUAAGGUAGCAGGGCAAUUGGAAAGCACAAUAAAGAAGCAUACAUUGAACAAGGAUAUGUUGAAACAAGCAAAAAUUGCUAGAGAAACUCAGCGGGUCUGGCUACAUCUAUGCAGAGAAAGCAACGUUAAUAUUUCGAGUCUGGUGAUACUUCUUCACAACCGGAUUCAAAACGUUUUCACAGAUGCUGCCAGACCUGCUGCGUUUCUUCAACAAUUUCCUUGGCUUCAGAUCUCCACCAUCUGCGGCUCUUCGUUUUAUUUUAGAGGAUAUGUUGAACUUAUGCAAUGCACCUGUUGGACCUCAGUAUUCUGCGUCACACCUAUGAGACGAACGUUAACACAUUGCAUAGAGUUCAGAACAAAUUUACAAACAUGAUUCCAACCAUGAAACAUUCCAGUUGGGCACAGUUUGAAGGAAUUGGGACUGCUGCCCCGCCCCAUCGAGCGAGCUGCAGAUUGGAGGGCAGGCAGCACCGUGUGUGGCCUCGCCCCUACUGAUUCGGUUGUUGAUUGGAGGAGAGGCUGUGUUGUGCAGCCUUUUGAUUGGUGUUGAUGCCCCGCCCCCACACUGAUCUGGCCGCUGAUUGGCGGAAAGGCUGUGCGGGCGGGGAGUGGUUAGAAGAACCUUCAGGCGGAGGGGGCAGAUGCCGCUACGAUGGGCUCGGGGCCGGACGAGUUGUUCGCACUGAAGGAGUUGUCGUGCCUGGCUGUGGAUGAUGAUGAUGAUGAUGAUGAUGAUGAUGCCGACGACGACGACCUGUCCGCACUGAGCCGGACUAUCAGGAGAGGCGGGCUCACGACGCUCUCUGCAAUUUCUUCACGGCCGCCGGCGGCUGGGAGGUGAAGCCUCGCUACCACCUGGACACAGCCUUCAGGGCGGACUAGGGCCCGGCGGGAGGCCUCGUC